AUGGCCAAAGGCUGGCUGGGCUUUUGGCGUUCCAAAGGGCGCGUCUUCCCCACCGGUUGGCUGGCCCAAGAGUCAAAAGUGCACGCUGGCCUUCCUCGUCUUAUCAACUUCCCGUUUUGGCGGCUCGCUGCGGGGGACCCGUUGGCCCGUCGCCGCCGUGUCGGAGCGACAAGCGCCGUGAGAAACCCACCCAUCAGGGCCGUUGGCGGUGCAAAGUGCCAAGCCCCUUUUUGGGUCCCUCACCUACUGUGUAACCCCGCCGUCCUCACCUUGGAUCUGAAGCCUAUCGUCAACGAGCGCCAGGUGCUUCCUCAUCCAAGGCUUCCGCGCUCCAAAUUUUUCAGCCAGUCAGCCAAGCAGCUGCCCAGCCUGCCCGCCGCAUGGACAGGCCCGCUGCGGGUCCUCCCGAGCCAGCCAGCACUUGCCAGAGAUGGACUUGCACCCUCCUCCCGAGGCCGCGGAAAUCUCAACUCCGCCUUGGCUUCCAUGCACGAGCCAGGCGCAGCCGCGCUUGAGGGGUGGGCGGCAGUCGGCUAUCGUAUUCUCUCCCCUUUAGGUCAGCACCCGAUGCCCUACCUCCCCGAAUAG